GCUCUCGCCAGGCUCUCUGUGUCCUCCAACAUGGCCUCCUACAGCUCCUCCGGUCAGACCGCCUCAUCGUACCGCCGCACCUUCGGUCAUGGCACCUACGCCUCACCGUCACUCAACCGAUCCCUGCUGGGCCACAGCGGCAGUGAGCUCCCUGGUGUGUGGACAGCAGCUUCUACAGUGUGUUCAAACCAAUCAUUAAUCCAGUUGCUCAUUAAUGGCUCUCUGUCUGAAACCAUGCUUUGUGUCUCACUGUCCUGCAGACUCCAGGAAGAGAUUCUUCAAAAAGAAGAAGCAGAAAACAACCUGGCUGCUUUCAGAGCGGAUGUGGACGCUGCCACUCUGGCCCGUCUGGACCUGGAGAGACGCAUUGAGACGCUGCAGGAGGAAAUCGCUUUCUUGAAGAAGAUCCAUGAAGAGGAGAUCCGUGAGCUGCAGGCCCAGAUGCAGGAGACUCAAGUCCAGAUCCAGAUGGACAUGUCCAAGCCGGACCUGACGGCAGCACUACGAGACAUCAGGGCUCAGUAUGAGGGCAUUGCUGCCAAGAACAUCGCAGAGGCUGAGGAGUGGUACAAGUCCAAGGUGUCUGAUCUGAACCAGGCGGUAAGUAAGAACAACGAGGCUCUGAAGCAGGCCCGUCAGGAGACCAUGGAGUUCAGACACCAGAUCCAGGCCUACACCUGUGAGAUCGAUUCCCUCAAAGGCACCAAUGAGUCCCUGAUGAGGCAGAUGCGGGACAUGGAGGACCGUCAUGGACGAGAGGCCGGCAACUACCAGGAUAGCAUUGCCCGGCUGGAGGCGGAGAUCGCCAACAUGAAGGACGAGAUGGCGCGCCACCUCCGUGAGUACCAGGACCUACUCAAUGUCAAGAUGGCGCUGGAUGUGGAGAUCGCCACCUACAGGAAGCUGCUGGAAGGAGAGGAGAGCAGGUAA